AUGAGUUCAAAUACUUGCUGGCUUUGCAAGAUAUUCAGACCAGAAGAAAAUGUGAGCAGUUCUAAGGUGUCUCUGGAGGAAGUUCUAUAGUGGUCCCAUUUUUUUGAAAAUCUGGUAACAAGCAAAUAUGGGCCUAUAAUCUAUAAGACCUACUUGCAGACAGAACACAGUGAUGAAAACAUCGAAUUCUGGCUUGCCUGUGAAUCUUAUAAGAAGACAAAAUCAGAGAGGAAAAGGAUUUCCAUGGCCAGAAAGCUCUUUAUAAGUUACAUCCAACCCCAAGCUCCCAACGAGAUGAACAUUGACAGUCCUGCAAGGAAAUCAAUUAUGAGGAAUAUUCAAGAGUCAGCACAGUCCUGCUUUGAUGCAACACAGAGAAUACUCUACAGGCACAUGGAAAGAGAUUCCCACCCAUGAUUUCUUGAAUCGCAGUUCUACCAAGAGCUCAAACAGUCUUCAAACUAA